AUGGCCCUCAUAGACACCCUCUUAUCUCUCGACAUGGGCACGGAAGACUGCCUCUACCGGCUCCGCCGCGACCUCCCCUCCACCAGCACAGUAAUCUACAUCCACCCCCUCUCCCUCUCCCUCAUCCCCACAGACAGCCUAACCUACGGCCUCGACCUCAUCAGAAACCUCGGCCGCACCGUCCCAGACUGGGACAACGAGGCGUGGACAACUCUUACUGUAUCUCACGAGGAUGGAGCAGUAAAAGCCGUGCGCGAUGAGUGGGCACCGCAUUUCCUGCCAGUUGAUGCUAAUACGAGGGAGCUUCCGCGGAUUAAUGUUUUAGAUCUAGAAGUCGUAGCAAGCUUGAAGAACCGCGUGUCUCGCGUGUGCCUCCCAGGCCGCCCGCGCACACGCAUCCUAAAGAUCUGCCCAUUCGCAUACCAGCUCCGCUAUCUCGAGCGGGAGUUUCGGGCAUAUGAGAAGAUGUUGAAUGAUGAAGAGGGUUGGGGUAAACCGUGGGGACAGUGA